UUGGUUUAAGUGUUUGCUACCAGGUGCCAGGAACUUGGGUCAAAGGGGGUCGUAAAAUUCAAUUUUAAAAUUUGUUAACUAAUUUUGUUCUAAGGUUUUAAGUAUUGUGCGUCGAGAAAAUAAGCCAGAUACUGAGGAUUCUAUCAUACAAUUUUAUUUAGUGUAAAAAAUGUUGAAUGGAACGAAUGCUGUGCUGCUGCAAACCAUCUUAUACCUUGCUAACACCAACCUACCCAAUGAUACAAGUGUGAGUUUGGACGUGGAUAAUAACAAACUGAAACAGGUGGAAAAUGGCGAAGAACUGCAAGAACAGUGUUUCCCCGGACUGGGUUGCUACUCCAAGACGUAUCCGUGGACAGAUGUCAACCGCCCGGUGUCCAACUUCCCCCAACCCCCUGAGAAGGUGAACCCGCACUAUUGUCUGUACACUCGCAAGAACCCCAAGCAAUGUCAACACCUCUCGUACUCGGCCCCCACCACCAUCUAUCAGUCGUACCUCAUCCCAACUCAGCGUGUGUACUUUAUUGCUCAUGGGUUUCUGGAGGGUGGCGACCAAUCAUGGAUAAGAAGGUUGACGUCAGAGCUACUCUCCAGGUAUGAUGCCAACGUGGUGGUGGUAGACUGGGGCUCUGGGUCUGAGCCUCCCUAUACCCAGGCUGUGGCUAACAUUAGACUGGUCGGCACCAUCACUGCACUACUCAUCAAGGCCAUGUCGGACCAAGUUGGUGUGAAACCUGAGUUCUGCCACAUAAUUGGCCACAGUUUGGGAGCACAUCUCGCUGGUUAUGUGGGCAACAAUCUGAAGACCAAAUUUGGUCUAACAUUGGGAAGAAUUACAGGCUUAGACCCAGCUGAGCCUCACUUUAGCAACACAGACCCUGUUGUGAGGCUAGACCCUUCUGACGCCAUCUUUGUUGACACCAUUCACUCGGACACCACUCCAUUCAUUCAAGGAGGUCUGGGAAUGGAGGAGCCCAUUGGUCACUUGGACUUCUACCCCAACGGUGGGGCGGACCAGCCCGGCUGUAAUGAGGGAGUCAUGAAGUACAUCAACCAAGAGAAAGGCAGCUUCUUUAAAGGUGUGCGAACAUUCCUGGGCUGUGAUCACAUGAGGAGUCACGAGUAUUUCAUAGAGUCUGUUAACACUGAGUGCAACUUCCUGGCAGUCGAGUGCGAGAGCUACGAUAAGUUCUUGGCUGGGGAGUGCUUUGAGUGUGAUCCAUACAAGAAAGACGGCAAGGUGUGUGCCCACUUUGGCCUGACGUCCGUCCAGUCUGUCCACACGUCCUUUCUACAAGACUGGCAGAAAACCGACCGUAGCUUGGUCAGGCUGUACACCAUCACUGGAGCAGAGUGGCCUUACUGCAGAUCAUUAUACCGAGUCACAACUGUUAUCUCUAACUCAUCCGCCAGUUUGGAACAUGGUGGUGAGAUCGGAGCAUUCGAGAUUGAAAUCAUCGGAACUACCAAUAAAACUCCAGCAAUCAGCUUGUACAAGGAGCAGUAUUACAAACCAGGCAGCCAUCACAGACAAGUAGUGGCUGGGACCAACGUGGGGCCAGUGAAGAGUGCGAUGUUGAGGUGGAGACAUUACACGACGUUCAACAUCCUCACCUGGCGCUUCCAACUGGCAACACUUCAUGUCAAACAUGUUAGGAUAGAUAGUCUCGACCACAAACAAACGAUAUUCUUAUGCCCUAAGAAUGAGUUGGUUACUUCGGGCAAAGCUGUGCCUAUGUACGAGUGUUCCUCGUAGUUGUUAAAUUUUAUCAUUAGUUUUAACAGAUAGCUUAUUACCACCAAACUGUAUUCAACAAUCUUAGAUAGUUGUGAUGUGUAUUUGUUCCUAAUUUAUUGUAUUUUGUAGUAACCUUUUUAUACUUUAUGAAAUGUUAUUAAAUACUUUUGUAAUA